AACAACCCCUGACAAAAUACUUCCUAAUAUAGUAAACUUCAAACAGGAUAAUAUCAAAAAUAGUAUUACGAUCCGAGUAACAUAUUUGCAAAAUGAACCAACAACAACCUCAAAGAGAAAGCGAGAAGCAGCAAGAACAGGGCCAAAAUGGGCAGCCCAUAAAAUAUGGCGAUGUAUUCCCGGUGGCGGGAGAGCUAGCAACAAAAGCAGUAGCACCAAGAGAUGCAGCGAUGAUGCAGACUGCCGAGAACGCGGUGUUCGGGCAGACUCAGAAGGGUGGUCCAGCUGCAACUAUGCAGUCAGCUGCUACUGUCAAUGAAAGGGCUGGUUUUGUUAGCCAUGCUGAUGUCUCGGAUGUAGCUGCACACCAGGGUGUCAAUGUUACUCAAACUUAUGUUCCUGGUGCUUCUAUUGUUACCGAGUCUAUUGGUGGACAGGUUGUAGGGCAGACCAUACAACCUAGGGCGGUGGUGCAAGGUGAAGAAGCUAAAGGGAGUGUUACACAAAGUAGAAAUAGUAGCAAGGUUACCAUUGGUGAAGCUCUAGAAGCUGUUGCACUUACAGCAGGAGACAAACCAGUGGAGCAAAGCGAUGCUGCAGCCAUCCAAGCAGCUGAGGUUAGGGCCACUGGUCAAAAUGUGUUGAUUCCUGGUGGUGUGGCUUCUGCUGCUCAGGCUGCUGCUUCUCUGAACGCUCAGACUAUUCGUGACGAGGAUAAAAUCAAGCUUGGCGAUGUUCUUACGAAUGCAACUAUUAAGUUGCCAGCUGAUAAGGAAGCGACAAGGCAGGAUGCGGAAGGGGUGGUAAGUGCUGAACUGAGGAACAACCCAAAUGUAGCAACCCGUCCAGGUGGCGUGGCAGCAUCAGUGGCUGCAGCUGCCAGGCUCAACCAGGGAAAUAAUACAUGAGUUAUCAACAGAAUGGUUGAUGGAUUGCAUGAUAUGCCAUCGAUUUAGUUUCCUAUAAUGUUUAUUUUCAAACUCUUUAGACGAAUGUGUUUUGUUUUCGGAUAUCAGUCUUAUAUAAUUUUGUUAAUUUUUAUAUAUGAUCAAGUGUACGUAUUUUAACAACAGCAUAUACAGUUUAUAUGUCUUACUCCGUAUUUGGUUAAUUAUAUCCUAAUUAAC